AUGGCACGGUGUCACCCCGCCGCCACCUCAGCCAAGCACCGCGCCGCCCCUCCAAACCCUAGCCCGCCCCCUCCGCCCGCCGACGGAUCGCUUCCGCUCCUCCACGCGGCGAGCCGCGGCGACCUCCGUCUCUUCAAGAGGCUGGUGAGAGAUCUGGAUCAGGGUAGGGGCCGUCCCAGGGAGGUCGUGGAAGCUGCCAAGGACCAAGGUCUCGUGGCGCUGCACUUCGCUGCCGGGAAGGGAAGGCCACGGGUGUGCAGGUACCUGGUCGAGGAGCUAGGGGUCGAUGUGGACGCCGUCGACGAUGGAGAAUUGGGCUAUAGGAAACUGUAUGUUGACCAGGAAUUUACAACCGUCAUGCUAUGUGGAUCUCGGCGGCGGCGGUGGCGGCGGAGGCUCCUCCCUCUACCCGCCCGCCGCGCUACCACCUCAUCUCGCGCUCCUGACAUGCCGAGGGGGCGAGAGGAGUAA